AUGAAGGAGAGAUCAUUACUACAUGACUCAUUGAAUGAAAUAUUUCUCGGGUCUGUCUCCGGCGCAUGUGGGAAAUUGGUAGAAUAUCCGUUUGAUACAAUUAAGGUAAGACUUCAAUAUUCACAAUCACUUGAUAAUCAGCUUUAUAAUUCGACAUUCCAUGCAAUCAAACAAACCUUCCUAAAUGAAGGUAUUGUUAAUGGGUUUUAUAAAGGGCUGAAGAUACCAUUGAUGGGAGCAGCUCUCGAAGCUUCUUGCUUGUUUUUCAGCUACAAUAUCGCUCAGGAUUUCAUAAAGCUUUACAAGGGAAUACCCCUCGGCGAAGAACUAGGAAAUGCUGGCAAACUAGUAUCAGGUGCAUUCAGUGGUAUUGCAACGUCAUUUGUAUUGACUCCUAUAGAGCUUGUCAAGUGUAAAUUUCAGGUUGAUAAUUUGAAGUCCAAUAGUUCUAUUUGUGAUAACAUUAAUGACAAAACCAGUUUGACCAAGUCUACUACAGCAAACAGCAAAUCAGUUUCACAGAUCACGUUUAAUUUAAUCAAGAAAGAAGGAAUCAUAGGAUUAUUUAAGGGACAUACGGCUACUAUGCUAAGAGAAUGUGGAGGCUCAAUGGCUUGGUUUGGGAAUUAUGAAUUUACUCUCCAGUACUUUGCGGGGGGGAACAAGGACUAUAAGCCCAAAGUGUGGGAGUUGAUGGUUGCAGGUGCAAAUGCAGGGAUUGGCUAUAAUUGCAUAUUGUUCCCAGUUGAUACGGUAAAGUCAAUUUUACAAACAAAUGAAAGUAAAGAAUUAACAGCCAUGAGGGUCAUCAGGCAUGUUUAUAGAACAGCAGGUAUUGCGGGUUUUUACUCUGGGGUUGGUAUAACGCUGUUGAAAACAAUUCCAACAUCAAGUCUGAUGUUUCUAGUUUAUGAAAAGUUGAAAGAAGUAAUAUGA